AUUUGAUGUAAGCACUUUUUUAAUAGACGUUUCCAAUAGGUACAUGUGCUUCUUUUUUUCUUGUGAUUAUUAACUGAUAGACAACAUGGCUUUCAGGACGAUAUUAGUGUUCGCUUCUUGUGUUGUGUUUGUAACGUGUCAAGUUAGUUUAGAAAAAAUGUUUGCAAAUUGCGAGAUUGAAACCGAUGAAUUUGAUAACUGUUUAAAAGACAGAUUCAACGAACUCAGGCCAUAUUUUAAAGAAGGUCUCCCUGACUACGGUAUUGAAUCCUUUGAUCCAUUCUUUGCCAAUGAAGUUCCGUAUAAAAGCCGAAAUCCACUGUUUAACAUCAAACUGAUUUUAAGAAAUGUCACCGAAAGUGGAUGGACAUCAUCGGAAGUUACCAAAAUUAAAACAGACAUGCUGAGAAACCAGAUCGCCAUUACCCAGACUUUUCCUGAUAAACGACUCAAUGGUCAGUACGAAUUCGAAGGUACUAUUCUCGGCAGGAAGAUAAAUAAUAAAGGUGCAUGGAACUUAGCACUUUUUGAUUACGUACAAACAUUAACGGUUAAUAGAAAACCUGCAGGUCCAUCAGCACCCCUAGAGUAUCCUCCAAUCAAAGUAAAAUGUAAUUUGGAAACUUGUAAAAAUCUGGAACUACACAUUAGUAAUCUUGCCGGAGGACGAUCAUUUGUAGAAAGUAUGCUUGAUCGAGUAAUUAAUACCGCUUGGCAACCUGGAUUUGUUGUCUUAGCACCAAUUAUCAACGAAUUAGUUGGAACUGCCUUUACAGAAAUCUUCAAUAAAAAUUUCCAAGCAUUUCCAUUCUCCAAAGUAUUUGACCCAGAGCUUCAACGGCUUCAGAAAAAUCAACAACAGACUCAGCAAUCACAACAGCAACCUCAACAACAACCACAGCCACAAGUUCAAACGCAACAGCCACUACAACAGCAGCAGCCCCAGCAACCACAGCAGCAACCCGAGCAACAACCACAGCAGCAGCCCCAGCAACAACCACAGCAGCAGCCACAGCAACAGCCAGAAUUACAACCGCAGGCACAACUGCCUCAACUACAAGUAAUAGCUUAAAUAGUACGAGAUAUUAUUUAUUUGAAAGAUUAAGAAAUGAAGUGAUCUUUAAAGAUUUUUUUAUAAAAGAUAUACAUAGUGUACAUAAAAGUAUAGUAUAAGUUUGUUUUUUAAUAAAAAGUAAUAAACC